UCCGCAGUGCCCGGCCCGCCGCAGCCGCAGUAGCAGGGACGGCGGCGGCAGCAGCGUCCGCGCCGCGCUCCGCUCCGCUCCGCCCCGCUCGGCCUCCCUCCGCGCCUCCUAGCCCCCUGUCCUCCCCCGGCCCCGGCCGGCCCGGGCGGCGCGCGAUGCCCAACCCGCUGGCAGUGGCGGCGGCGGUGGCGGGCGGCGGGCACGCGGCGGGCCGCUGCUCGGCCUACAAGCUGGCGCUGGCGGCGCUGCUGGCCGUGGCGCUGCUGCAGUUCGUCUACCUGUCGCUGCUGGCCGGGCUGCACGGGCGCGAGCAGCGGCGCCGCUACGGGCAGCUCUUCCCCGGCGGGGCGGCCCUGGGCGCCAGCCUGCAGCGCCGCGCCGCGGAGAGCGCCAAGGAGCAGCUGCGGGCCGUGCUGGCCGCCGGGGGCGCCCUGGACGCCAGCGGCGACUACCGUGUGUAUCGGCACGUGCUGGGGGACCCCUCGCGCCGGCCGCGCGACGCCCUGCUGCUAGCCACGCACACCAGCCUCAGCAACCUGGGCCACGUGGGCACGCUGCUGGAGCGCUGGGCCGGGCCCCUGGCCGUGGCCGUGUUCGCCGCGCGGCCGGACGAGGCGCAGCUGGCCACGGUGCUGACCUACGCGCUGGGCGCGCUCUGCACGCAGGCUGUGCGCGAGCGCCUCACCAUGCACCUCGUGUGCCCGGCGCGCGCCGAGGCCGCCGUACCCGACCCCCGGGAGCCAGGCGAGUUCGCUCGCAUCAGCAGCUGCAGCGACGUGUUCACGAGCAUGGGCGCCCGAAGCCGCUCAGGCCGCAACUAUGCCCUGGCCACCAACGUCUCCUACCCCAACAACCUGCUACGGAACGUGGCCCGAGAGGGCGCCGGCCACGCCCUCGUCGUGGACGUGGACAUGGUGCCCAGCGAUGGGCUUUGGACCGGCCUGCUGGAGCUGCUGGCUCUGGGUGAGGGCAGGGCCGGCCGGGCGUUAGUGGUGCCGGCCUUCGAGAUCCGCCAGGGAGUCCGAGUCCCCCGCACCAAGAUCGAGCUGAUGCGUUUCCUUAAGAUGGGACACGUGCGCCCAUUCUAUGCCGAACUGUGCCCCCGAUGCCAGGCCCCCACCAACUACUCUCGAUGGCUCACCCUGCCCCCGGGGGGACCCCUGCGCCCUGCCUACCGAGUGACCUGGCAGGACCCCUGGGAGCCCUUCUACGUGGCAGGAGGCGCAGUGCCCUCCUACGAUGAGAGGUUUCGGCAGUAUGGCUUCAACCGCAUCAGCCAGGCCUGUGAGCUCCACGUGGCAGGGUACGAAUUUGAGGUGCUGAAUGAGGCUUUCCUGGUCCACAAGGGCUUCAAGAUGCCAGGGGAUUUCCACCCCCAGAAGGAGGCAGAGAAUCAACGGAACAAAAUCCUCUUCCGCCAGUUCAAACAGGAGUUAAAGAUGAAGUACCCAGACUCUCCGAGGAGAUGCUGAGCUGCUGACCCACCUAGGGAGCAGCCUCCAAAGGCAGGGCUGGGCAGGUUUCCCCCUCAAGCCUGUGGGAGGCAAGCCGGGCUGACCCAGUCCUUCACCCUGGGGUGGGCCUUUUUUAGGUGGGAGAUGAGCACUGAUGCGACCAAGCCAAGAGGUAAGAUUCUCUGGGGGUGGGGGACAGGAAGGGAUUUGGAAAGGGAGUGGGGACUUCAGGAAGCCUGACUCAUGGUUCAGAGAUAGUCACCCAAAGUCCAUCAUUCUGCAUAUCCCUAGGUCCCUGCCCUUUGUCCCCACUGCUUAUCUUGAGCCACUCUCCUCCCCUCUCUGGGCCUCAGUUUCCCCAUCAGUAAAAUG